ACAAUUUGAUAAGCAUUUUGGGAUUUUUUUAUAGUAUAGAGUACAUAAUUGAUACUCAGAGAUCACGGACAUACCCAACAGUGAAAAAUGGUUUUGAUAUUGGCACAGUACUUCCUAAGAAACAAGCUUUUGCUUUAUCCUGUUAGUAUAGAAGUAUAUUCAUACUUUUUUCCUUUAAUACUUUGAUUUAUUGAGUGUAACACCAAUCUGAUUUAGUUGAAUAAUGUAUAAUAUCUCUAACGUAAUUAAAUGUAUGAAGGGGGUCAAUGAGUUCGAUUGAUAAAAUUAUGCGACAUUCUCAAUUCAGUUUAAGCGAGCCGCCUUUAGUGAUGUAAUAGUUAUUUGUCAUGUGCUUUAUUCGUUUCUAUUUAGCAAAAUGUUUAAAAUCAUAGUAUUGUUUGCUCUAGUUAUAGCGAGCUCCUACUGUAAGGUUAUUGUAAAAGAGGAAUCUAUUGACGAUAACAAUGUAAUAAAUGACAAUACCAAACCAAAAAUAUACAUAGAAUUACCAACUUAUAAACCGCCCAAGAAAGAAGUGAAUACAGAAAGUACAAACGAAGAAGUGAAAACAGUGUUGGAUGAAAAUGUAACAAAAGCUACUCUCUCGAAAUGUGACAAAGCAAAUGAUUUAGACGGUGAAUUGGAUAAUAUUUCUGAUGAAUGUCAGCCUGAAGUAAAUGACCCAGCUCUUAUUCUAACUCCAUACAUAGAAGAUGGCAAAAUCGAAGAAGCCCGGGAAGCGAGCAAGGUUGAUCCGAAAUUAUUCCUAGGAGUUGAGAGUUAUUCUGGCUUCUUUACUGUCAAUAAAACAUACGACUCGAAUAUGUUCUUUUGGUACUUUCCUGUUGAGAAUAAGCCAGUAAAUGAAACGCCUUGGAUUAUUUGGUUGCAAGGUGGACCGGGUAUUACUAGUCUCACUGGGUUGUUCGAUGAAAUUGGACCGUUUAAAGUGACUCACUUUCAAGAACUGCGACGAAACAGAUAUUCAUGGAUAAAAAACCACUCGUUAUUAUUUAUUGACAAUCCGGUGGGCACGGGUUACAGUUUCACAAACGAUUUCAAUGGCUUUUCAAGGGAUAUGGCCGCGUAUUCCAAAAACUUAUACAGUACUGUGAAGCAAUUUCUCGAAGUAUUCUCAGAGUUGAAGACAGCUCCUCUGUAUAUAGCUGGAGAGUCGUAUGCCGGAAAAUAUGUUCCCGCGCUUGGUGUUCAGCUGCAUAGACACAAAAAAUUAUCUGAAAUCGACGUUAAUCUUCAAGGUUUCAUGAUAGGCAAUGCGCUUGUUGACCCAGCAAUGAUUAAAAACGUGAACCAACCCUUUCUUAACUUCGGGUUGGUAAGCAAAGAACAGGUUGAAUCAAUCGAGCCUUUGAUUAAAUCUUUUCAGGCUGAUAUUGCUGCUCAUAGAAGUGUUGAAGCUAAAGAGAAAUGGAUGCAGCUCGUUUCCAUAUUGCUACUUUUGUCGCACCAGAAGCACGGGUACAAUUUUUUGAAAGACGACCUCGGUGUAGGAUCCUUUAUUGGUUUUAUAAAUAGUCCCGAAGUGAGAAAAGCUAUGCACGUUGGAAGCAUUAAGUUUUCCUUCGUCAAUGUUACAGCUAAUGUCGAAAUGGGACCAGACUUUUUGAGCAGUUCCCAGGAGCUAUUUGAAGAAUUAUUGGACAGUUAUAGGGUCCUUUCCUAUUGCGGUCAAUUGGAUCAACUUUUGUCUUGUAUGUUCAGCGCGGAAAACCAUCGUACAUGGCAAUGGAAAGACAGGGAAGAAUUUAUACAAGCGACAAGGCGCCCGUAUAUGUUCCGAAACAGACUUGCUGGUUAUAUCAAAUCUGGUGGCAAUUUAACAGAAGUGGUGAUACGUGGCGCGGGUCACAUGGUCCCGAUGGACGAACCGUUGUCUUUACAGCGACUGGUCACCAAUUGGAUUCAAGACAUACCAGUUCCCAUACAUAGCUCCUUGAAGGAAGACCUGAUGUUGCAGCAAAUCGUCAAUAACUACACUUUAUUAUACUUUUAAUUUUGUAA